UAUCUAUUUUAUAUGUGUUUAUCUUGCCAUUGAUACUUAUCUAAUUAAUAUUUUAUUAAUAAAAUUAAGUGAAUAGUAUUUAGCAGUACUGUAGCUUUGCACUAAAAUGGUGUAAUUUUUACAGUUGGAUUAGAGAAGUUUUGAUGUAGAAAUUACACUAAAAUGAUGUUUUGAAAUUGGUUGAAGAUUAUCUUAGUAAAAAGAAUUUGUUUCAUAAUAUAAGUAGUUUACAUAUUGAGAUAUUUCAAUAAAGUAAUGUUAAGUUUUUUAUAAUUGAUUGAAUUAAUUGAUUAAGUGAUAUAUUUUUUUAAAUAAUAACUUUUUAAAUAUUUGUGUUUUUAGACAAAACUACUUACAAUUAGAAACAGCGGGAGUAGCAAUUAUACGUAUGCAAGAACAUUGUAUUUUAACCGGCCCUAUACAAUUUUACCCGGGACUUGACUGUUUUCUUUUGACCCCAAAGGUUAGCUAGUAUUUGUUCCUUUCUAAUACUCACUUGGCAUCCUACACUAUAACUACCCUCUUAUACUUUAAUGCACCCUAUAAUCUAUAUUUCAUAAACGUGAGGUGUGAUGGACUCAUGUGAGCCUUUCAUACAUAAAACAAUUUACUCUUUUAUAAUGUUUUAGUUAGCAUAAUAAGAAAAUUCGCAGUGUAACUAUGUUUAUUUGUACAAAAAAUAAUUGUUUUUCUCUUCGUUUUAUACAUAUCUUAACUAUUUUUUCAUUUUUGUGAUAAUAUAUGACUCGUUAAUAUAAAUCCAUCCCCAAACUAAAAAGUUUGUUGGAUGUAAAUGAAUGUAUCUUGUACAAAAUAGAAUAAGAGGCCUGAAUAUGAAAUAUUAACUAAUGAGGGGUUAGAGUGUAAAUAAAAAACGCAGCCGAUAAAAAGCUAAAACAACCUGACCCGAAAGAGUAAAAUCCGGUUGGGUGGGUUUAAAUAAAGAGUGGGCAUGAGAGAACAAAGUGUCGCAAUGCAUGCACGACAAGUGGAAACAACUAGUGGUUUGGUUUACUUUGUUUUGGAGUUAAGGUGGUAAUUUGGGAAUUAAAUUUCACUUCCCAAAUCUUUUGCAUCCUUGUUAAGUGGUUUAAUUAAAUUAUCACCUUCAAAACAACACAAUUACAAAGCUAGAAUAGAUCUCUCUCUCUCUCCUGUAUUACGCCGGGCGACACAGAAGAAACCGCUGGUCUAACGAAGAACAACAACAAACAAGAGAGAGAAAGCAAAAAAAGUGAACUAGAUGGCUCCGAUGACGAACUGGUUAACGUUUUCUUUGUCACCAAUGGAGAUGUUGAGGUCAUCUGAUCAGUCUCAGUUCGUGUCCUAUGACGCUUCUUCCGCCGCCUCAUCUCCUUACCUCCUCGAUAAUUUCUAUGGUUGGACGAAUCAAAAGCCUCAGGAAGAAGAAGAAGCUCAGAUAACAGCUUCUAUGGCGGAUUCAACAAUCCUAACAUCCUUCGUGGACUCACAGAAUCAUUCUCAGAACCAUAUCCCAAAGCUAGAAGAUUUUCUCGGUGACUUCCGUUACUCCGACAACAGCCAAACAGAGACACAAGACUCUUCUUCCCUCACUCAUAUCUACGAUCCACGUCACCACCAGAACCAAACCGGGUUUUACUCUGAUCAUAGCCACGAUUUCAAAGCCAUGACCGGUUUUCAAACCGCUUUUUCAACGAACUCCGGUUCUGAAGUCGACGACUCGGUUUCAAUGAGCCGGACUCAUCUCGCAGGAGAGUAUUUGGGACACGUGGUGGAGUCUUCUGGUCAGGAGCUUGGUUUUAUUCACGGUGGAGCUAACACAGGAGGAGCUUUGUCACUUGGGGUUAACACUAACAACACUAAUAAUCAGAUUUCUGAGUAUAACUACCGUGCUAAUAACAAUGGUGAGAGAAUCAUCAACAAUAACAACAGAGAGAAGACAGAUUCUGAGAAGGAGAAGCCUGUUGUGGCAGUGGAAAGAUCAGAUUCUUCUAACAAGAAGGUCGCUGAUACGUUUGGACAAAGGACUUCCAUUUACCGAGGAGUUACAAGACAUAGAUGGACGGGAAGGUAUGAAGCUCAUCUAUGGGAUAAUAGCUGUAGGCGAGAAGGUCAGGCCAGGAAAGGACGUCAAGUAUACUUGGGUGGAUAUGACAAAGAAGAUAAGGCAGCACGAGCUUACGAUCUAGCAGCUCUGAAGUACUGGAAUACUGCUGCUACCACCAAUUUUCCUAUUACGAACUACUCAAAAGAAUUAGAGGAAAUGAAGCACAUGACCAAACAAGAGUUCAUUGCUUCCCUUAGGAGGAAGAGUAGUGGAUUCUCUAGAGGAGCUUCCAUGUACCGAGGUGUAACAAGACAUCAUCAACAAGGACGUUGGCAAGCUAGGAUAGGCCGUGUUGCCGGCAACAAAGAUCUUUACCUCGGAACCUUUGCAACGGAAGAGGAAGCAGCUGAGGCAUACGACAUAGCAGCGAUCAAAUUCAGAGGAAUAAACGCUGUAACCAACUUUGAGAUGAACCGUUACGACGUUGAAGCCAUCAUGAAGAGUGCACUUCCUAUCGGUGGUGCAGCAAAACGUCUCAAGCUCUCUUUAGAAUCUGAGCAGAAACCUAUCAUCGGUCAUCAUCAACUCCACCAUUUUCAGCAACAACAUCAACAGCUUCAGUCCUCUCCCAAUGACAGUAGCAUUAACUUCGCUCUUUGUCCUAGCUCAGACGUUCAGCCUCAGAUGAUUCCAUGUGGAAUCCCUUUUGAAGCAGCUUCUCUUUACCAUCACCAACAGCAACAACAACAACAGAACUUUUUCCAGCAUUUUCCGGCGAAUGCAGCUUCUGAUUCGACGGACUCUAAUAAUAACUCCAACGUUCAAAGCUCAAUGGGACUAAUGGCGCCAAAUGCAGCAGCUGAGUUCUUCCUCUGGCCUAAUCAGUCUUACUAGAAUCGACAUGUGAUUUGGAGUCUGUUUUUGUUUGGUUAAGUUCUUAAUAGUCUUUUAAGGGAUACAACUUCCUGAUUAUGGCUAACCUAUAAGCUGAUUAGAAGAAUAUGAAAAUCUCACUUGCGUCUAUUUUUUUUGGGUUUCAUUAACUGUUGUUUAGGCAGGAGUAGAUGCGGGUGAAAAGUGGAAGAGCUGAAAACAGUUGGGGUUAUUAUUGUAUCAAAUUAUAAACUCGGUGGUGAAAAUGGUAGGUUUUCGGAAUUAGGGGUGGUUUCGUUAUCCUUUUUUCUAUGUAUCAGGGCACUGUACUCUGCUUUCUAUUAUCGUUACCGUCUAGCAUGUCUCCCUGA